CCAUAGGCUCGCGACCAUAGGCUCGCGACCCUCCAGGGGGUGUUACAGUGAGUACGUCAGUAUAAUAGCAUCCCUUCGCCAGCAGGGGGCGAUAAUGAGCCGACUCUUGUAGAACUUCUCUCUAUGCAACAACACAAGGAGGAAGAAAACCUGGUGGACUGAUGUCAUUCGGGCUCAGUGAUCUGAAUCUUCAGAGCGUUGUUUUAAAGAUCAGCCGGUCUGUGAGGCAGCUUACUCGAGGAGAGAAGGCUGCACCAGACGUCUUAUUACAAAAACAAGUGAUUCUAAACAAAGUAUAAUGAAGACUCUGAUGGUAUUCGAUUUCGACCACACAGUGGUUGAUGACAACAGUGACACCUGGGUGAUAAGAUGCCUCCCUGGUGAGAAACUUCCUGACUCUGUGGAAAACUCCUACAGAAAAGGCCAUUGGACUGAGUUCAUGGGCCGAGUGAUGAAAUACAUUGGAGACCAGGAUGUCAGCCCUGACAAGAUCCGCAGUGUGAUGGAGACCAUCCCCUUCACAGCUGGAAUGACAGACUUGCUGACUUUUAUAUCAGAGCAUAAAAGCAUCAUCGACUGCAUUGUCAUCUCUGACUCCAACACCCUGUUCAUUGACUGGAUCCUCCAGGUAUCAGGGCUCCAGGCAGCUGUCGACCAGGUCUUCACUAACCCAGCCGUGUUCAACCAGCUCGGGCACAUGGAGGUGCAGUGCUGCCAUUCUCAUGACUGUGGCCGCUGCCCUGUCAACCUGUGUAAGAGAAAAAUCCUGGAGCUAUAUCUGUCAGAGCAGUCUGACGGAGGUGUGAAGUAUGAGCGGAUAUUUUAUGUGGGGGACGGUGGGAAUGAUCUCUGCCCGGCCUUAUGUCUGAGAGGGAACGAUGUUGUGAUGCCGAGGAAAGGAUACACCCUGGAGAAACUGCUGGCCAGACUGGAGACUCAGGGAGACGACGCUUCUCUAAGAGCUAAAGUCAUUGCGUGGAGCAGCGGCACAGAAAUCCUUGAAGAACUAAAAGCCAGUAUGUAGUUGUAGCAAAGACCUCUGAGUUCAAAAUACAUCUUCAAUUUUUUACUGAGAUAUUGAACUUCAGCACAUAUUAGGUCUGAACACAUGAGGGCAAAUGCUGCUCUUUGUAAUUGUCAAAAAAAAAAAAUUAUUUAAAGAGUGUGUAUAUUUUUAAUCAAGUACUAUCUUGAUUUUUAAAUAAGUCAGGUAAAUUAUAGUUGUUUUAUUACUGAUCCUUGAUAUUUGAUGUGUCCGUAGAAAUCUCUAAAGAACAAAGUUUGACUUAGAGUUAUAAUCAAUUUGUGUCUUUUAUUAAACAGAGUCCCGGGGAUGACAGCACAAGAGCCCUUUUAUGUAAACAUGUACAGCACCAGAUUAUAACUCAGUGCAGGUCAUAAUUAGUAUAUCAAUUAAGAUCUUCAUUGUUAUCUAUGCUCUAAUUAAGAGUACGUGGGAAAAGAAAACUAUAAAGUUGAGUGGAUAUGUUGAGCUGAAACUCAAGCCUCUAAUCGAGACAGACAGAGGACUGGAGAGACCGUGUUUACUGAAACAGCAGCUUGUGCCAUAAUAAACGACCUGCUCUCAAACAAGUCUUUUGGCACAAUAAAAGAGAAGUUUUGCAUUUUGAGAAAUAGAGUUCAGAGAGACUAUUCAAACUAAACGGUCAACUCUUCUUGAUCUGAAAUAAAUAUCAAUCAUGCUGCAAUCUUUUGAUUGGAAAACCCAAUGUAUUUUUCUAUUUCAUGAAUUAAUGAAAGAUCCAUCUAAAACAUGUUGCUGGCUAAGAUUAGCGUGUAUAUUAUUUGUUUAUUAUGUGUUAUAUUGUAAUGCGCAUGGAAUAAGGAAUAUUGUUAUUAAGUUGUUGUUUUUUAUCAAAUACAAAAAAAACUAUAACAUGAGAUUGGCAUUAUAUAUCGACCAUCAGUCAGCCUGCUCUUUAAUUACAAAUUAUAUAAUUAAAAAUAAUAUAUUAGUUGACCACUAAUUCAGACCUCCCUCAUGUCUGGGCAGUAAAUCUAAAAUGCAAUUAUCAGCAAAUCAACUUAUCGUAAAGGCUGACAGUGGAAACUGAGAGCAUUCAACAUAAAAACCGUCUUGUUCAGUUUUUAAGAAGUUUCUGACAAAUUGUAUUUAUCUGGGAUUCAAGAACAAAAUCUAAGAAAACUCAAGAGCAAUCUUGUGCACUUCUGAUUGCUGAUAUUCAAUAUUUCUGGAUGAUUUUAUCCUUUAUUAAUCUCCUUUAGAUUAUUAAAAGACAUUUAUAAACACAUGAUUUAAACGUCACUUUUAAUUUCAAUAGUGCAAUGUUUGGUCUGCUAAAUGUUAAAUUAUGAGUAUAAACAAUCAGAUGAGAAUUGGCCUAAAUGGCAUGAAACGUUAAAUAUUUGGAAGCUUACGUAAGACAACAGUAAAGGCUACAAUUUGAAUCACAAUAUGUUGAAAGGAAACUUUUCUUCACAGUAACACGGACUGCCUUUUGUACAGCAGCACCAGUUAUAAAAAAAAGUUGAGAUAUGGUCGGCAUCUCUGAUUUUGAAUCAAACUUUUAUUGCACUUCAUGUCAUGUGCGUCUUUUCUGAUUUAAACUUUUCUACCUUUUCUGGUGACAGCGUUCUCUGAGCGAGUAAUAUCAUCCAGUGUAUCCGUCUGCGAUUGGCCUUUUUGUUUCAUAUCUUCUACCGAGGCUCCAGAAUAAAAUGAAUCAGCCUGUUUGUGUUUCACUUCCAGAAGCACUACCUCCACUUCAAUCCUAUGUGACCUCUGAAAGCACAUGGCACUGCAGUCUCAUGCUCUCACACGAGGGAGCAUUUGUUUCCUAUGUUACUUACAAAAGACUGUCUUGAGCUUCAAACAUACAAGGACAUGGCAUUCAAUAAUUUAGAAACAGUUACGCAUUUUAAGAACAGCUUCAUGAAUCUGCUUCAGACCUGUAAAGACCCAUUCCAGAACAAAAUUAGUAGAUGUCUAUGAAUGAGAGCUGUUGUUCUGGAAACAUUUUUAGCACACGUAAGGUAAAUUUGUAUUUUUAUUUAAUCAAAGGGGUAUAAUCUUUUUUUUUUUUAAGUAAUUGUACAAGAUCAAAAACAAUAAGCACUCUGGCUGUCUUUGAGCAUGUAGGUAGAACUUAGAGCAGGGCUUACUGUCUUUGUCGGCUAAGACAGACUCCUGACUCAGAUUUAGACCAGAUUUUUAAACAGUAUUUCUGUGCAGCUCUGGUUAACAUUAAAAUUUAUUCAGUCUGCCUUUAGACUAAAUGAAGUCAAGGAAUGAAACAGUAUUCAACUGCUGAAACAUUAUCUAACUUACAGAAUGAAACUAUAAGUAUUUUUAACAAGUCAGUGUUUUAUUUUAUGUACUUUUUAAAAAUCUUUAUAACAUAACCGUUAUAAAGCAGGAAGUCAUACACAUUAAACUGAGCUGAUUCUGUUAUUCCUAAGUGAUUAUGCUUUUGAAUAAUGUUUUCGUUCUCAGUAUGGUGCUUUUAACACACAUUGCUUUGUGUUUCAAAGUGUUUACCCUUCAAUGUUAUCAGAAGAUGAACACCUCAGGUUUAUAGUUUGUUAUCAUACAUACAGGUUUGGAUUAAGUUGACUGUGAGUUGACUUAAAGGCAUUAAUUUUAUUUUUUACUACAGGAACAAUUCCGUCUUCUUCAGCAGGAACUGCCAGAGAAACCGAUUCAAGUAUUAAUCUUAUCUGAAGUGAUGUUUUUAAAUCAAUCCACACUUAAAAUAUUAGAGACGGUUUACUUAUUAAAGUGGUUCAGGUAGUUAGGUAAUCCUGGUCUUUUUUUCAGUUUAAACAACAUAAAAAUUAGAGAAAGACCCUUUUGGAGGGUUUGCUGAAAAUGCCAUGUUAUUCUGAUUCUUGUCAUUCUAACGAUGUGAUUAAAACCUGGAAACCUC